AUGUCAAGGACUCCAUCAGGUAUGGAAGCAGAAAACCCCCAGGUGAACAAUCUGACAGGAAUCACUGUGUUUAUACUACUGGGAUUCACAGAUGAUUUUGAAAUGAACAUAUUCUUAUUUAUAUUAUUCCUUGCAAUAUAUGUUGUAACUCUGAUCGGCAAUCUGGGAUUAGUUAUAUUGGUCAUUGAGGACUCACGGCUCCACAACCCCAUGUACUAUUUUCUUACGGUUUUAUCACUGUUGGAUGCUUGCUUUUCUACAGUAUUGACUCCAAAUAUGCUGGCCAAUUUUCUUUCAAAAAAUAAAUCCAUUUCACUUGUUGGAUGUGCUACACAGAUGCUUCUCUUUGUCACGUUUGGAACCACAGAAUGCUUCCUUUUGGCAGCAAUGGCUUAUGACCGUUAUUUGGCAAUCUACAACCCACUUCUGUAUACAGUAAGGAUGUCACCCAGGAUCUAUGUGCCACUCAUGAUUGCUUCAUAUACUGGUGGAAUUUUACAUGCUACUAUACACACAGUGGCUACGUUCAGCCUUUCUUUCUGUGGAUCCAAUGAAAUUAAGCAUGUCUUUUGUGAUAUUCCUCCAUUGCUUGCACUCUCUUGUUCUGACACUCACUUAAAUCAACUUCUUCUCUUCUACUGUGCAGGCUCGAUAGAGCUAGUCACCAUCAUUAUCGUCCUGGUCUCGUAUGGUUUUAUCUUGUUGGCCAUUCUGAAGAUUAAUUCAGCUGAAGGGAGGAGGAAAAUAUUUUCUACAUGUGGAGCUCACCUAACAGGAGUAUCCGUUUUUCAUGGGACUAUCCUCUUCAUGUACGUGAGACCAAGUUCUAACUAUACCCUCGAGCAUGACAUGGUAGUAUCAACAUUUUACACUAUUGUGAUUCCUAUGUUGAAUCCUAUCAUCUACAGUUUGAGAAACAAAGAUGUAAAAGAGGCAAUGAGAAAGUUACUCAAGAGAAAAUUACUUCAUGAAUAA